AUCACUUGUGCGGACCAGAGGACGCAAGGUGAUGAUGCUUCUAGACCAGACGUCGCUUCCUCCUUGCUACAUCAGUCCUAGCCGGUCAGCCUCACACGCCUGUCUGAUCCUCCCUCCCCUCUUCUUGGCAGUCAUGUCUGCCUCUCCUGCCCCUCCUCAAACAAAUGGCAUCUCCAAUGCUCACGGAGCCGAUGUAGAGAUGAGCAACGCGGCGCCUCUGGACCCUUCCGCCUCCUCCUCCUCCUCUGCUCCUUCCCCACAUCCGCAUCCCCAUCCCCAAACAGCAGGCGCUCCACCUCCUGCUGCUACUGCUACCGCUGCUGCUGCUGCUGUCGAGGGUACGGCUGUCGCUUCUGCAUCAGGUUCGGGCUCAGGCUCGGGGAGGACAAGAGGUGCAUCAGCAGGUGCGGGAGUGGGGACCGCGGGAGGAGCUGCUAGGAAACAGGAGCCAUUGAUGAAGCGCGAGGAAGAAGAGGCUAAGAAAGAUCGGUCCCUGGCGGAACUGCUGGGCAUGCUGGAUGGGUAUAGGCCGGUGAUUCCGGAAGAAGUGACAGAUUACUACCUCCAACGGUCCGGCUUCGAGAGCCAUGACCCCAGACUUAAUCGCCUCCUCUCCAUCUCGGCCGAAAAAUUCAUAUCAGACAUCGUUUCAGACGCCUAUCAAUACUCUCGCAUCCGUUCAAACGCCACAUCCGGUCGUCCGCCCGCAGCUGCAGCCAGUGGUCCUGGAGGAGGAGGGGCAGGGGGUACAGCGUCAGGUGGUGCUGGAGGAGGAGGAGGGCCAGGCGGGGUGGAUCGGUCUAAGACGGUCCUCACGAUGGAUGAUCUGACGGCUGCGCUUGGAGAGUAUGGUGUGAAUGCAAAGAGGGCGGAUAGCUAUCGGUGAGGUUAGGGGACGGAAGGAAGGCAAAGUCGAUGACACAUGUCGUUGGUUGAUGAAGGGAAGAGGAAGCAAGCAAAAUGUAUCAUUACAGACCAGCGAAGUCCCUCUAGUGCUCUUGACCUGCUUCGUUGCCCAGCAGCCUACGGGCAGUUUCACGGGAAGCGCACAGCAGGCGCCCUCUCGACAUUCUCAAUUGAGAUCUUGUGUCCAACGAGAUCCCUGAUGUUGUUGAUCCCAUACCGGAUCAUCGUCGGCCUCUCUAGACUGAGUCCCCAACCCAAAACAUUCACUCCUUCCGGCAGACCCAUCGGUCGCAACAUCUCCGGCCUAAACAUGCCACUGUUUCCAAUC